AUGGAGCAACCCAUCAACAACCCGCAGGGCACUGAACAGCCCGUCGUAGACCAGUCUCCCGUCGUCGGUUCCCCCCCACAGGAUCGCCGAGCGAGCGACGCACAAGACCGCCGGAUGAGUGACGAAUGGGACGCUUCUAAGGUUCCCCCUAGCCGGUUCCAAAAACGAAAGGGCUCCAUCUAUGCCACGCCGGGAUCUCGCGAUGGCCACGUCGACAGGAACUACGCCGACAAGUACUGGUCCAAAAUGACCGAAAAGAACUGGGUCAGCAAAUGA